GGUGGGACGAUAUGGAACCGAUGUCUCAGAACACGCUGUGCCUACGGAGCUUCAGCCACCACUGCCCCCGGGUGCACGCUGGGUGCAGCGAUCCCCCAUGCACCAUGCGCUGCAAUAAUGGGAUUCCUACUUGACAUCCCUCCUUGGAGGGCCAAGUGACCCUGUCAGAUUUCCCAGCUUCACUACUUUCCAGCCCUGAGGUCCCCAAGCUCCCUUCCUCCUGCCUGAAUGGGGCAGGGCGGGUGAUCACCCCCAUCCUGCAGCCCUCGCCUGCACCCCAUGCCUGCACCCCCUAUCUUCAUCCCCCAGCCUGCACUAUUGGCAGCACCAAGUCUUUCUGCUGCACCACUCCCGUUGGCCGCGCUCCAUGGGCCCCCCUUUGUAUGCACGGGGGGGUGAUGCCAGCCCUCCUCCCUCUGCCCACCCUCAUCACAGCCACUGUGCUGCCCGGGGUGCAGCUGGGACGGCUGCAUCGCUCCCCCUCUGCUUCUUAGAGCUCCAUUUCCAUGGGUUUUGGCUGCAAUUUAGACCCUCUUCAAACGGACCCAGGCUUCCUUCCACCACCCUCUUCUCCACCACAGAUGCGCUUUGGAUCAGGCUGCAACCACCCCAGGUCCGCCCUCCCCUGGAGGAGCCUCCUGCCUCAUCUCCUCGCUCUGCUCCUCCUCCACCCGGGAUCAGCUCAAAUCAGGGUGGUGGCACCCAGGCUCCCUGUCACUGCCGUCGUGGGACAGGACGUCGUGCUGCGCUGCCACUUGUCCCCUUGCAAGAAUGCUUCGAGCUUGGACAUCAGAUGGAGCCGGAACCGGUCCGCUGAGAUUGUGCACCACUACCAAAAUGGAGUGGACCGGGAGCAGAUGGAGGAAUAUAAAGGGAGGACAGAACUGCUCAGGGAAGGUCUCUCUGAUGGAAACCUGGAUUUGCGCAUCACUGCCGUCACCUCCUCCGAUAGCGGCUCGUAUAGAUGCAUUGUGGAAGAUGGUGCUGACAGUGCAGAAGCUGUGGUGAACCUGGAGGUGUCAGAUCCCUGUUCCCAGAUUGUCUAUCCAUGCAGGCUGUCUUUGGCUGUGGCCCUCACACUUCUGCUUGUCAUCAGUGUUUUUCUCAUCAUAAUGGCAGUGGCAGAGUGCGGUGUUCACUGGCCACUUCCCAGAACAAAAAGAUUUGGGGUCUGGGCGUGGGAGCAGUCGUGGGAUGAGAAGCUGUCCCCUCUGACCAUGCAUUUCCUUUGCUUCUAUUUUGCAGAGGGAAUAAACGGAAAGUUGGGUAAGUCCCCUUCCCCAGACUGAGGGAAUUCAGGGUCGCCCCACGGUAUUGCCGUGGGAUGAGCAGCUGUCCCCUCUGACCAUGCACUGCUCUUCUCUUUCUUUUCCAGCUGUGCAAGCUAUAACAUCAGGUGAGUCUCCCUUCCAAAUUUUUCUUCACAUGUGCUGCCCGUAUGAGCUGUAGCAUGAGAUGUUCCUCUCAUCAUGCGUUGCUUUUCUCUUUCUUUUCCAGUGAAACAAACUGAAGCAUUGGGUGAGUCUUCCUCCCCGAACCAGUGGAAUGUGGGGUUUCCCAUGGGAUGACAAGCUGUCC